UAUAGGGGGUAACUAUAACCUUGAAAGUGAAAGUAGAGUGUCAACAUGAGCACGUCGGAAUCGGAGAAGAAUAACAACACAGAGAAAACAGAACAGAAUGUGCGCAGGGUUAAAACAGUUCUACCACAUCAUAUGGCAGGGGGUCCUCAAGGACUAGGUGACCCUGAAGACAGGACUCUACGAAUUGUGGAGGAAGACACGCUGGUUGGAAAUGUCAUGAGGGAGCGAGGUCGCAUCAUCUGUGAGAAAGAGCUGUUAGAUUUUAUGGUAUGUUCUGAUGAACAUUAUGUAUUGUUUCCAUGGAGAUGUAAGACGGAGAGCAGGAUAUACAACAAAUGUCUGACUGACUUGAACAGUGAUCCAAAAUUUCAAGAGGAAUGUAAGGAAAUCUAUCUUCAAAGGAGAAAGCACUACAGAUUGACAGGGAGAUAUGAUACUUACCAUGAGAAGAACGAAGCAAUGAAAGAGAAACUGGCCGAGAGGAAGAAAAUGAAAGAGGAACAAAGACAACAGAAGCUACAGGAAGCGCAGCUACACGCAGACACUAGUUUAUUAGGACGAUUUAGGAAUUUAUUUAAAUCUUGAAUAAAUUGAACUGUUUGUA